GACUGCAGGGUGGGAGAUGCAACAAUGGCCUUGAGAACAGCAGGAAGUGUGUUGGUGGUCUUUCUCUGGUCUGUAGCAGUGAUGGGUGUAGAUGGCUGGAGUGUGACUUACUCCACUCAGAGUAUCUGUACCUUGAAGGGGUCAACAGUGGAACUGUCCUGCUCUUACACAUAUCCCAGUGGUAGAGUCACAACAACCCUCUGGUUCACUAAAAAUGAUGCUGCUGGGAAUCCUGUGAGUCUGAGUGAUGACCCAGACUACAAAGGUCGUGUGACGUACCAUGGAGAUCAGAAGACUGUCCCCACCCUGACAAUCACAGACCUGAGAGAGAGUGACUCAGCCACGUACAAGUUCAGAUUUAUAACAGAUCAGACCGUAGGGAGAUAUACUGGCGAACCUGGAGUCACUCUGUCUGUCACAGGUCUUCAGGUGAAGGUGACUGGUGGACAUCAGGAUAAGACACUGACCUGUAGCACCACCUGUACUCUGACUGGUAACCACACCUACAUCUGGUACAAGAACGGACAACAUCUAGAUGAGAGCACCUCCCCCCAGUACAAAGACCCAGUCUACAGUAACUAUGAAGACGGCUACUCCUGUGCUGUAAAAGGCCAAGUGUGUAAGGGGUGUUGGGGUGUGACUUACACCCAUCAGAGUAUAUGUGCCUUGAAGGGGUCAACAGUGGACAUAUCCUGCUCUUACACAUAUCCCAGUUAUCAUGAGAUCAAAAAAGCUUUCUGGUUUACUAAAUGGUCUGGUAUAGAUGCUGAAGAUCUGAGCUCAGUGCCAAAGUAUGAGGGUCAUAUUGAGUACCUUGGGGAUAAGAAGGGAGACUGUACCCUGAGAAUCACAGACCUGAUAUUGAGAGACUCUGCUGAGUACAGGUUCAGAUUCAUAACAUCCGGAGGAAAGUUUGCUGGCUCACCUGUCUCCCUGACUGUCACAGAUGUUGUGUUGGAGAUGGAUCCUACAUCUGUGUCAGAGAGGGAGAAUGUCACACUGACAUGUAGAACCAAAUGUACACUGGACCCCAUCACAGCCUACAGUUGGUAUAAGAAUGGACAGCCUAUACCAAACAGCAACACCUACUCUCCUGUCUAUAGCCUAUUCUCAGUCAGCAGUGAGGAUGCAGGAAGAUACUCCUGUGCUGUAGAAGGCCAUGAGGAUCUCCACUCUCCUGAAGACACUCUCAAUGUUAGAUUGUCAGUCAGUCCCUCUGGUGAAAUAGUGGAGGGCAUUUCAGUGACUCUGACCUGCAGCAGUGAUGCCAACCCACCUGUGGACAAAUACAUCUGGUACAAGAAGAACAUAACCUCACCAAAAGCAUCAGGACAGAGUUACAACAUCACUAACAUCAGCUCUGAGGAAAGUGGAGAAUACUACUGUGAGGCCCAGAAUGGAAGAGGAUCUAUGAACUCUGCAGCUCAGAUCAUCACUGUAGCAGGGAAACAAACCUCAGUUAUGACUCCAGCUGUAGGAAUCACAGUGAUUGUUCUGGUUCUCAUACUGGCUUCAUGUCUCUUUGGCUUCAUGUGGUUAAGGAAGAAAGCAUUCAAAACCACCUCUGACACAAGACACACAGCACACAUGGGACAGGGUGACUCUAGUCCAGUGUAUGACAACGUCUCAGGCAUGGCCAUGACCCCUACUGCAGUACAGAGAGUGGACACAGAUGAGCAGGAUGACGUUCACUACGCCAGCGUCCACUUCUCUCACUCCAAAAACCAGGAAGUGCCUCUAAACAGGAAGACCUGA